GUGAUGUGACAAACCUGACUCCUGAGCACUCCUUCAAAGGCACAAAAACAGACGUGGGGAACAUCGUGUUAGCUUUGUACAGCGGUCUCUUUGCCUAUGGAGGAUGGAAUUACUUGAAUUUUGUUACAGAAGAGAUGAUAAAUCCCUACAGAAACCUGCCCCUGGCUAUCAUCAUCUCGCUACCUGUAGUCACUUUGGUUUAUGUGCUGACGAACUUGGCUUACUUCACGACCCUGUCGACGGAACAGAUGCUGACAUCCGAAGCGGUGGCUGUGGAUUUUGGGAACUAUCACCUUGGCGUCAUGUCCUGGAUCAUACCCGUCUUUGUUGGCUUAUCGUGCUUUGGAUCCGUUAAUGGAUCUCUCUUCACUUCUUCCCGGCUGUUCUUCGUGGGAUCCCGAGAAGGACACUUGCCUUCAAUCCUGUCUAUGAUUCACCCCAGGCUUCUCACUCCCGUGCCGUCCCUCAUCUUUACGUGCGUCAUGACCCUGCUCUAUGCCUUCUCCAACAACAUUUUCUCCGUCAUCAACUUCUUCAGCUUCUUCAACUGGCUCUGCGUGGCCCUGGCCAUCAUCGGCAUGAUGUGGCUGCGUUACAAGAAGCCAGAGCUGGAAAGACCCAUCAAGGUGAACAUCUGCCUGCCCAUUUUCUUCAUCCUGGCCUGCUUGUUCCUCAUUGCUGUUUCCUUCUGGAUGACGCCGACGGAGUGCGCGAUUGGCUUUGCCAUCAUCUUCAGCGGGAUCCCUGUUUACUUCUUCGGGGUCUGGUGGCAAAACAAGCCCAAGUGGGUUCUCCAAGGCAUCUUCUCUGCAACAGUCCUGUGCCAGAAGCUGAUGGAGGUGGUUCCACAAGAAUCGUAAGCAGGAGAAGCAGGGACGUUCGGCUCGAGGAAACGCACAAUAUUAUUUUAAGACGACACAAGGAGAAAAUGCCCCUGAUCCCUCAUAAACGAAACCUUGGCAC